UUGCUUAUACUUACAGUAGUUGCUGUUGUCGCCGCUGUUGAAGGAGGAGAAGUAACUUACGAUGGCAGAUCCUUGAUCAUACAAGGGCAGCGAAAACUCCUAUUUUCUGGUUCUAUACACUACCCUCGAAGCACUCCUGAGAUGUGGCCUUCAUUAAUAACCAAAGCCAAAGAGGGAGGAUUAGAUAUGAUACAGACCUACGUGUUUUGGAACCUUCAUGAGCCCCAAAAAAGCCAGUAUAAUUUCAAUGGAAGAGCUGAUCUAGUUAGGUUCAUUAAGGAAAUCCAAGCACAAGGCCUAUAUGCAAGUCUCAGGAUUGGUCCCUUUAUUGAGGGUGAAUGGAAUUAUGGUGGAUUACCUUUCUGGUUACAUGAUGUCCCAGGCAUUGUAUACCGAUCUGACAAUGAACCAUUUAAGGUGCAUAUGCAAAAUUUUACCACAACAAUAGUUAACAUGGUGAAAUCAGAAAACUUGUAUGCUUCACAAGGGGGACCCAUCAUACUAUCACAGAUUGAGAAUGAGUACCAAUUAGUAGAACCAGCAUAUCAUGAGAAAGGACCUCCGUACGUUAAAUGGGCAGCAGAAAUGGCCGUAGGACUUCAAACUGGGGUCCCCUGGAUGAUGUGCAAACAAAAUGAUGCUCCUGAUCCAGUGAUCAACACUUGCAAUGGGAUGAAAUGCGGGGAGUCAUUUCCAGGGCCUAAUUCAUCUAAAAAGCCUUGGCUGUGGACAGAGAAUUGGACAUCUCGGUAUCAAGCAUACGGUGAAGAACCAUAUACAAGAUCUCCCCAAGACAUUGCGUUUCAAGUCGCUCUAUUUGUUGCAAGGAAUGGGACCUUCGUAAAUUAUUAUAUGUAUCACGGUGGGACUAAUUUUGGGAGAACGACAUCUUCAUACGUAACAACAAGUUACUAUGACGAAGGACCCCUUGAUGAGUAUGGUUUGAUUAGGCAGCCGAAAUGGGGCCAUUUGAAGGAGUUGCACGCGGCAAUUAAGUCAUGUUCAAAUCCUAUAUUAUUUGGAACACAAUUUAUGCUUUCCCUUGGUGAACGACAAACGGGCUACAUCUACCGACAAAAAUCAGGAGAAUGUGCUGCUUUUCUAGUGAACAAUGACGAUACAAAAACUGUUGUUGUGCCCUUUCAAAACUCAUCAUAUGAAUUGAGUCCAAAUUCAAUUAGCAUUUUACCUGAUUGCAAGAAUGUAGCCUUCAACACUGCCAAGAUAAAUGUUGAGAACAACACCAGAUCAAUAACAACAGGCAAGAAGUUUAAUGGUUCCGAAAUGUGGGAAGAAUUCAGAGACAUUAUUCCCACCUUCGCACAAACAUCAAAAAGAUCCAAUACGUUGUUAGAGCACAUGAAUACCACAAAAGACAUGUCGGAUUAUCUUUGGUACACUUCCAUGUAUCGACAUGAAUCAUCAAAUAGUAAAGCAGUUCUAAAGGUGGACUCGGCUGGGCAUGCUUUACAUGCAUUUGUCAAUGGUGUUUUAAUAGGAUCUACACAUGGAAGUCAUAAGAAUACACGUUUUACAUUGGAGAAUACAAUUCCAUUGAACGAGGGUAACAACAACAUCUCUCUCCUAAGUGUCAUGGUUGGAUUACCGGAUUCUGGUGCAUAUUUAGAGAGUAGGGUUGCCGGGCUUCGGAGGGUAAGGAUUCAUGAUAUACAGAACUCUAAGGAUUUAACCAACUAUUCGUGGGGAUACCAGGUUGGACUAUUAGGAGAGAAACUGCAAAUUUACUUGGAGCAAACAUCAAGCAAAGUUCAGUGGAGACCAUUUACUUCUCCUAAUCCCCUUACGUGGUAUAAGACUUCAUUUGAUGCACCAGCAGGAAAUGAGUCACUUGGACUAAAUCUUGGUUCAAUGGGGAAAGGUGAAGCAUGGGUUAAUGGCCAAAGCAUAGGCAGAUAUUGGGUCUCAUUUGUUACGUCUCAAGGCUCACCUUAUCAAACUUGGUACCAUGUACCACGAUCAUUCCUCAAACCCACAGACAAUUUGCUAGUUAUUCUUGAAGAAGAAAAUGGGUCCCCUCUUGGAAUAUCCUUAGACAUUAUAUCGACCAUCUGA